AUGGGUCAAGAGGUUGAGAUGCGAGGACUGGUCUCAUGUGUCCCAGUCCCACAGAACAAGCUCCACAAUAUAUUUGGGUGGAAUUUGGAUCACCUUCCUAUAAACCUCGAGGAUUUAAUAUGGAAGAAACCAAGAGCAAAUCUCUGUAUCAACGAAGCUUUACCUAUCAAUGUGCCUCCGAGUUGGAUAAGAGGUGCCUACGGUGUACGUAUAUCUAUCCAGGAUAGAGUGCAAGAUGGAGCAGACGAUUCGGUAGUCGACAUGUAUCUUGCUUUGUUCCGGUUAUAUUGCUUGGUCGAAUUUCCUUGUAGCGACGAUGACGAACCAAUAUUCGUCCAAAUAAAUGCACAAAUUUGCGUUAACCAGGUGUUUCCCCCUAAAGGUCUCGGAACCGAGACAAGGACUGUAAAGCUUACUGGCACUGACAGCGCCAAGACAUACAACAGCAGAAAGAAAGCAUCGUUAAGAGGGUAA